AUGGACCACAGCUUGGCACCUGCUCCUCCAGAGAUGCAGCUGCACAGAGGCCCAGGCCCUGGAAGCUCCUUCUCCCAUAGUCCUGUGCUAGGGUGCUCAACUCGUCCCUCCAGGCUCCCUGGUGGGGUGUCCCCCCUCAUCCCUGUCCUCAGGAAGACUAUCCGUCUGGAUGCCUUCCCCCCAAGCCAUACCCCACAGACUUCCCGCCGACCAGGACUUGGAGCCAGGGCCCAAAGUGUGCCCCCACAAGAGACUGGCACAGCCCGAGGGGCUUCCCUGAGCCCGCUGCCUGCCAACACCCUCAUGCCCAGGAAACUCAGCUCCAUCUCCUUAACGCUCCGUCAGAACAGCCAGGCAUGGCCCCGGGAGCCCUUACUUUCUCACUGGGAAGAGUUGUCCACCCCAGGAAAGAAGCCUGCUACCCAUGCGGAAGGGAGGCCAUCUGCUUCAGACUCACCACCUGUGACCCUGAUGCCAGGGGGCAGGGUCCACAUUGAGGGCCCAGUGAAUCCAAGUCUGACCAAAUCCAGCAGAAUGCCCACGGUGGAGAAGCCCCUGGUGACUUCAUACCUGGCCUUACCUUUCCAAUCCCAUUUAGCCAAGAGUGAGCCAGUCUUUGUGGGGCCAGGCCCAGCGGGUCAGGGGCACCCUGUCCCAAUGACUACCCAUAUGCCUACCAGAGCUUCUACAGCAAGAGGCAAGUCCCGGUCCAGGGGUAUCCCCAGGCCCCGGGUGCGUCUCCAAAGGGCCAAUGCUAUUGUGAAUUUGACUGCUGUGGAUACAAGGGCAGGUACAGCCAGAUAUUUAACCACAAUGGCCACCAAUAGACCUAGUUUGGCUACCAAUUUGGUAACACCAAACACACCCAGAUUGGACACAGGCACAGAGUUACCCAGUCUGAAAACCAAACUGGGGACAGCCAUGGACCUAUCUACAGCAGCCACAGUCAAAUCAGGCAAAGCCAUCAAGUUGUCUACAGUAGGCACAAUCAAGAAUUUGACUACAGUGGGGACAACCAAGCCAGGCACGGUGAUGGAUUUGAUAACCCCAGACACAGACAAGCUGAGCAAAGACAUGGCUACACCAGACAGGGGCAAGUUGGACAAAACCAUUAGCUUGACUACAACAGGCACAACCAAGCCAGAUAUGACUACAGGGGGCACUGCCAUGGAGCUGGCAAUACCAGAUCCAGUCAAACUGGGCACAACCAGGUUGGAAACAGCCAUGGCUUUGGCUAAAGCAAAUGGAGCCAGGCUGGGCACACCUAUGGAUUCAGUCGUGCCAUUCACCCCAGACCCAGCCACUGGGCAGACCACACUGGAUAGUGCUAAUAACCUGGCCGCAUCAGACACUGCUACCUGCCCAAUGAUUUCAAGCACAGAACCAGCCCUGGGCCACCCUGCAACAGAUGCUGCCACAGACCAAGCCACAGAGCAUGCCAUGCUGGACCUGGCCAGAGAAUGCAAAGGGUUCCCAGAGACCAGGACGGACGCAGCCAUGUCAGAGCUGGUGCCUGAGCCCAGGCCUAAGCCGGCAGUGCCCAUGAAGCCCGUCAGCAUCAACUCCAACCUGCUGGGCUACAUCGGCAUUGACACUAUCAUCGAGCAGAUGCGCAAGAAGACCAUGAAGACCGGUUUCGACUUCAACAUCAUGGUUGUUGGCCAAAGUGGACUGGGCAAGUCAACACUGGUCAACACACUCUUCAAAUCCCAAGUGAGCCGCAAGGCCUCCAGCUGGAACCGGGAGGAGAAGAUCCCCAAGACGGUGGAGAUCAAAGCAAUUGGGCAUGUGAUUGAGGAAGGAGGUGUCAAAAUGAAGCUGACAGUCAUCGACACCCCAGGCUUUGGAGACCAGAUCAACAAUGAAAAUUGCUGGGAGCCCAUUGAGAAGUACAUCAAUGAGCAGUACGAGAAGUUCCUAAAGGAGGAGGUGAACAUCGCUAGGAAGAAGCGCAUCCCUGACACCCGCGUCCACUGCUGCCUCUACUUCAUCUCCCCCACGGGGCACUCCUUGCGACCUCUUGAUCUUGAAUUCAUGAAACACCUCAGCAAAGUUGUGAACAUCAUCCCUGUCAUUGCUAAGGCUGACACCAUGACCCUGGAGGAGAAGUCUGAAUUCAAGCAAAGGGUUCGCAAGGAGCUUGAAGUAAAUGGCAUUGAAUUCUACCCCCAGAAGGAAUUUGAUGAAGAUUUGGAGGACAAGACGGAGAAUGACAAAAUCAGGCAGGAGAGUAUGCCCUUCGCUGUGGUGGGAAGUGACAAGGAGUACCAAGUGAAUGGCAAGAGGGUCCUCGGCAGAAAAACUCCCUGGGGGAUCAUUGAAGUGGAAAACCUCAACCACUGUGAGUUUGCCUUGCUUCGAGACUUUGUCAUCAGGACCCACCUCCAGGACCUCAAGGAAGUGACACACAACAUCCACUAUGAGACUUACAGGGCCAAGAGGCUCAAUGACAAUGGCGGCCUCCCUCCGGGAGAAGGCCUCCUGGGCACUGUCCUUCCUCCUGUGCCAGCCACCCCCUGCCCCACUGCUGAAUGAAGGCCAUUUCAAGCGCUGCUUCUCCCUCCAUCCCUCUCAGCUGUGCUGCCGCAGGGCCAAGCCCUUUUUAGUGCUAUGCUUGUCCAGCCCACCACCACAGCCCCUCUCAGCCCUCAGCAGGUGGGAGGAGCCAGCUGCCUCCUUAGGACAGUUGCUUCCUCCAUUUUUCCAACCCAACUCCCCUCCUCCCAGUGGAAUGGAGUUCCUCCAUCACUGCCGUACUCCAUCGUCUGUGUCAGCCGGCCCCAGUCCAUCUGUAGAAUGAAGGAACUCAUCCAGAGCUUCUUCUGCCCUUGUAAACCCACACCAGCUACUUGUAACCAUCUCCAAGGGCAAUAGCAUUGCUCUGUAUCCAUUCAUCUGCAUGAACUACUCUUGGCUUCCUGAGAGGGUCAAGAAAGCAACUUCUCUGCUUGUCAGAUUCAUUGAGGUCAGCAGUGUGAGCCAUAAUGUGGGACAAGGGUGUCUUCUUCAUUUCUUAAAAGUGUUCAUCAGGGUAGGUUACUACAAAUAUUGGGGAGCAAGGGCUAGGAUCACUUUUUAAAAAUCACCACUUGUGGCUGGCCCAGAGUGAGGUUACAUACCCUCCCCUCCCCAUAAGGCAACCACAUAGGAAGAGUGGUUUUUCUGAAAAGACAGUACUGGAAUCUACUUCCUUAUCCCCAAACUUAUAAAAAUAACAACACACAACACACCCAGAAACCCAUGAGAUAAAUACCCUAGGAAGAAAAAUAGCACCCUCCUGUCCACUUAGCAAUAAGAGAGAUCUCUUCCCCACUACCCUGCCUACUCCCACCUCACCCCACCCCAUUACUGCGAAUACUGAAUUAGUCUCCCUAUAGAUGGUUGCAACAGGCUAAUGGAAAACACCCCGCGAAGGGCAAAGCCCCCAUCAGAUGCAUGAAUGUUUGCGAAUGUCGGCUGCCACUGCCCCACACACUGUGUCUUUAUAAAAUCCUUCCUUGCCCACCCCUCCUGCCCCUCCACCUGGACACAACUUGCUAAAGGCUGGUGACUUGUGGGCCAUUCAUCUACAACCAAGUUCUGAUGGAGCAAGAGGCCCAAGCCUAGGGGAUGCAAGAACAACCCAUUUCUUAAAUAUUACUGGUCCCAGCCAAUCUUAUGACAUUAUGGUUCAAUUUCCCAGUUGAAGACAAGCCAACAGACACUCAAAGUUGUCCUGUAAGUGUUGCUAGACUUUAUGUGUUGUACAACUAAACAUUGCUGUUUGAACAGUAA